AUGUUGGUGACUCAAUUUUCAUGCGGUGGUUUCGUAACGGGCCUUAGAUUCUGCCACUCCAUAUGCGACGGUCUAGGCGCGGCCCAAUUCAUCAACGCCGUCGGAGAAAUAGCUGGACGCCAGAAAAAUCUCUCCGUCGAACAAAUCUGCCGGCUCAAGCGUGAAUUCCACGAGUCCACCGGCGAAAUCUGCUCUGCUUUCGAGAUUAUCGCGGCAUGUUUCUGGAAGCUUCGAACCGAAGCGAUAGAUCUGAGGGAGAACACGGGAGUAAAGCUUGUGUUCUUCGCGAACCGUCCUCAUCUGGUCAAUCCGCCGCUCCCGGUGGGAUUCUACGGCAACUACUUCUUUCCGGUGAAGAUUUCCGCCGGGAUUCACGAGAUCGUGAAGGAGAGAUCGAUCUUCGAUGUGGUGAAGAUGAUCAAAGGAGCGAAAGCGACGCUGCCGGAGGAGUUCGGGAGGUUCGUGGACGGCGGCGGGGGGGUGGGAUACGCGACGCUGUUCAUGUCGAAGUGGCGGGAGCUAGGGUUCAUCAAACCAGGGUAGGGACCACCUGAACACGUGGCACCCAUCCAAGGGUCGAGCAUUGUUCCCGCGGGGAUCAUGGGGUCCACGCCUCUGCCGAGGAAAGGUGUGCGCCUGAUGACGUGGUGCGUCGAGGACUCUCAUCGCCCGUUGUUCCUGGACUUGACUUGAUGAACAAGGCGUUUACCACUAACUUAAUAUAACAACAACCACCAAUUCAUUAUAAUGGACGUCUGUUUGA